GCGCCGCCCGCCGCCGUUUCGGUUUCAUUUCCGGCGGCCCCGGGCCCAGAGCGGCGGCGCCGAGCGGAGCCCCCGGCGCUGCCCCCCGCUCCCGCCCAGGGUGGCCACACCCCCGGGCUCGGCGUGAACCGAGCGCCCCCGCCCCGCACACACACACCGCUCCUCCCCCGCCUGCGCCGGCACAGAGAAAGGGAAGGGAGGCGGCGCCGGGCCCGGGUCUCCCGCACCGCGCACAACAUGGAGGAGCUGGUGGUGGAGGUGCGGGGCUCCAACGGGGCCUUCUACAAGGCAUUUGUAAAGGAUGUGCAUGAAGAUUCAAUAACAGUUUCAUUUGAAAACAACUGGCAACCAGAGAGACAAAUCCCAUUCCAUGAUGUGAGGUUCCCACCACCUGCAGGCUAUAAUAAAGACAUAAAUGAAAGCGAUGAAGUAGAGGUUUAUUCCAGGGCAAAUGAAAAAGAACCCUGCUGUUGGUGGUUGGCUAAAGUGAGAAUGAUAAAGGGUGAGUUCUACGUAAUAGAAUAUGCAGCCUGUGAUGCUACAUACAACGAAAUUGUCACAAUUGAGCGUUUGAGAUCUGUGAACCCCAAUAAACCCGCAACAAAAGAUACUUUUCAUAAAAUCAAACUGGCAGUUCCUGAAGAUUUAAGGCAAAUGUGUGCCAAAGAAUCUGCACAUAAGGACUUCAAAAAGGCAGUUGGAGCUUUUUCUGUAACAUAUGAUUCUGAAAACCACCAGCUUAUUAUUUUGUCAAUCAACGAUGUGACCACGAAGCGGGCCAACAUGCUGAUUGAUAUGCACUUUCGGAGUCUUCGCACCAAGUUAUCCCUGAUACUGAGAAAUGAAGAAGCCAGCAAACAGCUGGAGAGUUCUAGGCAACUUGCAUCGCGGUUCCAUGAACAGUUUGUAGUACGUGAAGACCUAAUGGGUUUGGCCAUUGGCACUCAUGGUGCUAAUAUUCAGCAAGCCAGAAAAGUCCCUGGAGUGACUGCCAUUGAUCUUGAUGAAGAUACUUGUACAUUCCAUAUUUAUGGAGAGGAUCAAGAUGCUGUGAAAAAGGCAAGAAGUUACCUUGAAUUUGCUGAAGAUGUCAUACAAGUCCCAAGGAAUUUAGUAGGAAAAGUAAUAGGAAAAAAUGGAAAACUGAUCCAGGAGAUAGUGGACAAAUCCGGCGUUGUAAGAGUGAGAAUUGAGGCUGAAAAUGAUAAAAAUAUUCCACAAGAAGAGGGCAUGGUACCAUUUGUGUUUGUAGGAACCAAGGAUAGCAUCACUAAUGCAACUGUUCUUCUGGAUUAUCAUCUUAAUUAUUUAAAGGAAGUGGACCAGCUGCGUUUGGAAAGAUUGCAAAUCGAUGAGCAGCUGCGACAGAUCGGGGCCACUUCCAGGCCCCCCUCGAACCGCACGGACAAGGACAAAGGGUACAUGACUGACGACGGGCCCGGCCUCGGCCGCGGCAGCCGCCCCUACAGAAACCGCGGGCACAGCCGGCGUGGGCCAGGCUAUGCUUCAGGAACUAAUUCUGAAGCAUCAAAUGCUUCUGAAACAGAGUCUGAUCACAGAGACGAGCUGAGCGAUUGGUCGGCGGCCCCGGCGGAGGAGGAGCGGGACAAUUACCUGCGCAGGGGGGAUGGGCGACGGCGCGGCGGUGGCGCCCGAGGCCAGGGCGGGCGGGGCCGCGGAGGAUUCAAAGGCAAUGAUGAACAGUCGCGAACAGAUAACCGUCAGCGCAACUCAAGAGAGGCGAAAGGGAGGACAGCGGACGGGUCUCUCGAGAUCAGAAUUGACUGCAAUAAUGAAAGGAGUGUCCACACUAAAACCUUACAGAAUACCUCGAGCGAAGGCAGCCGGCUGCGCACGGGCAAGGAGCGGAACCCCAAGAAGGAGAAGACGGACAGCGCGGACGCUCAGCAGCCGCUGGUCAACGGAGUCCCCUAAACUGCAUAACUCUGAAGUCAUACUUCCUAUACUGUUUCAGUAAUUCCUAUUCCAUGUUAGAGAAACUUGUUAGGCCAAAGACAAAAUAGUAGGCAAGAUGGCGCAGGGCAUGAAAUGAACAUAUGUUCUCUGUUAGCCUUUUUUAACAUCAACAGUAUGCAGUUGUUUUCAGAAUAAGAAGUUAUUCAAAUAUUUGCAUAAAAAUACCUGAACUUCUGAAAAUCGCUUCCAAGUACAUAUUGCAGUUCAAAAGAUGAAAGAUUCUUUUUUGUUUGUUUUAAAAAAAAAUACUGAGCUGUGCAUUGGUAAACUUUCUGUUCAGUUGUACCAUUUUAACACAUCGGGUCAAAUUCACUGCUCAAUUUCAAUUUUCAGAAUAAAUAGUGUUUGCAGUAAUCAAAUUGGCUUCUGUUUUCAAUCUAACUUACCAGUUCUUCAUGAAAUGCUAUGUCGUUUUAUGUCCUGUGUCAGUUCACAUUCUGGUCCACCUUUUUCAAUAUUUUGGUGGAUCCUGAAAUCUGUGUGAUGUAACAAUUGUCAUUUUCAUUAGCAAAAAAGUUGUAUGAUCUGUGCCUUUUUUAUAUCUUGGCAGGUAGGAAUAUUAUAUUUGGAUGCAGAAAUCAGGGAAGAUGAGUUGGUAACACUAAAUGUAAAAUAUAUGUAGCAAUCCUUGUCAGACGUUAGUACUUUAUAGACAAGUGCAUGCUUUCCAUAAUUUUUUCCUUACAUAAACAUUCAGUUAGGCAGUUAUAAGAAUAGGAAAUUUAUUUUGCACUGAAGAUUUGGCAAAUAGUGUUAUUGAAAAAGGGGUGUAAUUUUUUUCUUUGUAGGCAGUACAGAAGCUUUUUUUUUAAAAAAAAAAAACUAAAAAAAAUCUUUCCAUUGUGGAAAACUAAAAAAACUCAUUGUUACUGAGGGAACAAGUGUAACACAUUCACAAGCUAGUAAUGGGUGCCUGCUGUUUGGCCAGAUGACCAGCCUAAAACGUUGAUGGUUUUCAUCCUCCCAAAAUUUUUGAAUUGCUUACUUUAAUUUGGGGCCUAUUUCAGGAGAGGUAAGAAGAAAGUCACCACGUGUUAUGCCCUGGCAACUACAGAUACAGUAGUUGAAAUAUAUAAGGUAAAAUAAAAGUUCUUCAUAUUUUGAGCUGCAGGGUCCUAAUUACCAGCUAAUAUGAAGGUGUCACAGAAUUUGAUGCAAAGUACAGCUGUACACCAGGGAAGGGUGGGAAGUGGUGGGAGGAGCUGUGCUUUCUUUCAUUUCUGAUCACACAUUCAACUUACUGGGCACAACUGCAUAAGGACCUUCAUUUUAGUCCAUUUUUGUUCAGAUUACUCCAGAAGGAGAGCCACUGUUUAUGUACAGAAUUGUACAAACUUGACCUUGCCUCUGAUGUAUUUUGUGAGUUUUGUUUCUUUGCUUUCUUCAUUCUUUUUUUUCCUUGCAUACAGGUGAGCAUACUAAAACUGGCAACGAACUGCACAUGAUUUAACAAAUAUAAAAAUGUCUUAAAAAGUAUUGCCAAACAUUAAUGUUGAUUUCUAGUUAUUUAUUUUGGGAAUGUAUAGUAUUUGAAAACAGAAAUUGGUACCUUGCACACAUCAUCUGUAAGCUGUUUGGUUUAAAAUACUGUAGAUAAUUAACCAAGGUAGACUGACCUUGUAAUGUAACUGCUCUUGGGCAAUAUUCUCUGUACAUAUUAGCUACAACAGAUUGGAUUUUAUGUUGACAUUUGUUUGGUUAUAGUGCAAUAUAUUUUGUAUGCAAGCAGUUUCAAUAAAGUUUGAUCUUCCUCUGCUAA